AUGGUCAAUACUCACAACCAAAAUCAUUCCCCUCCUAGGGAUGAUGUCGACGAUGUUUCUGAGGAACGUUUGCCUGCGCCCCCUCUGCGUGCUUUUAUAUGUGAUGUGGCUGCCCAGCUUCAAAAUGCUGGUAGGGAAGGACCAAGAGUACCACCUCAGGUACAUGAAGUCCCAAAUCCUCCGGCUAAUGCUACUCCUAUCACCCCUCCUCCUGGGCUGGCUGCUAAUGAAAUUCUGAUAGCACAAACGAACCAAGAUCCACCUCCCCCUCCUUCGACUGUGUUACCUGUCAGAAAUGUGACUGAGGAUGUGAAAGCAAGAUGGUUUGAAAGAGGACUUAGGGCCAGCUUGAGUACGGCGGUAGUAUUGCACAAGUACCCCACCUAUGCUAAGGUGGUUGAAGUUGCUAAACUGAUAGAAGAUCAGCAGAGGGAGAAUUAUCGGGCCAUCCGGGUAGGCAAGAGGCCGAUAUCAUCUCAUGACUCCAGGGGGUCUAGUAAGUUUCAAAGAAGAGGAUCUUAUACUAAUGAGGCUCCAAUUCAGUUCCAUAGGCCUGAUUUUGCUCAAGUACCUAAAUCUGUACCUACUUCUCACUAUGGGGCGCAGACUCUUAUAUGUUACAAUUGCAAGGAGUCUGGUCAUAUGGCCAAAGAUUGUCCUCAAUCACGACAACCGGGUUCUUGGCCGGUUGCGACUUCUAAACCACCUCUGACAAGGACUGUUGUUCGUCCACUUGCUCCUGCUCAAGUGAGCAAAACUCAAGGGCAAGUUUAUUCUAUCACCCAUGAGGAAGCUCAAUCUGACCUUGGUGUUAUCACAGGCAUGAUUUCUGUGUGCUCCUUACCUGCUUAUGUGUUAUUUGAUUCAAGGGCGUCACACUCGUUCAUAUUACCCUCCUUUGCUGAGAAAUUACCUAUUGAGCCGGCCGUAUUAGAGCAAAAGUUGAUGGUUAGAACAUCAACUGGAAGCAAAGUUGAGCUCGACCGAUCCUUUCACUCUUGCCCUGUUCGAGUAAGCGACUAUGGGCUCGAAGCUAAUUUGAUCAUCCUAGAUAUGAAAGAUUUUGAUGUGAUUUUGGGAAUGGAUUGGUUAUCCAUGCAUGGAGCUAGUCUGAUUUGUGAAGAAAGGAAGAUACUUUUCCGGACAGGAGAGGAUAAUGAGUUUGUCUUUAAGGGUAAUAAAAGUAAGAAACCCAAGAACCCAAUCAUAUCGGCUCUCCAGGUCCAGAAGCUCUUAGCCCAAGGUUGUCAAUGUUACCUAGCUUCGGUGGUGGAUGCUCAAAUUAAGGUUACACCGAUGGAAGAGAUAAGUGUGGUAAGAGAUUUCCCUGAUGUCUUCCUAGGAAACCUCACACGGUUACCACCAGAUCGAGAAAUGGAAUUUAUGAUCGAUCUGAUACCCGGUGCUGCUCCAGUGUCAAAGGCACCGUACAGAAUGGCCCCAUCAGAACUGAAAGAACUUCAAGGAUAG